UUGUGAAGCGUUUCGCCCACGAAACUGGUCCAAAUUGUUCCCUGGUUGUGGCGCGCGCAGUCCCGUGGACUCACUUUGGUACCCCUUGUGAUAGAUCGUUACCCUCUGUGUAGACAUCAUCCGUACACGGUUCAGCAUUCGCAAUACGCAAUGUUUCUGGUGAAUGAAACCGACGCAGUGCUGCUGCCGGCGGCCCGAACCGGCGAGAUGGUCAAGCUGUUGGGCUGGAACCUGCCCCCGGAGCAGAUGCACCUGGUGCACGAACACUGGAAAGAUUUUCCGGCGCCACCCUACUUCAUGCAUCUGCUGCUGGCUUUGAUCUACUUUGUCCUGAUGAAUCUUUCGCUUAUCGGGAACGGAAUCGUCGUGUGGAUCUUCACCACCUCCAAGUCUCUUCGGAAUGGAUCCAACAUGUUCAUCGUCAACCUGGCCAUUUUUGAUCUGCUGAUGAUGUGCGAGAUGCCCAUGUUUCUGGUGAACGCCUUCUCCGAGCGACUGGUGGGUUACGAAACGGGUUGUGCGAUUUACGCCGCUCUGGGCAGUGUGUCCGGAAUCGGUGGAGCAAUCAGCAAUGCCGUCAUCGCGUACGAUCGCUACCGAACGAUUUCGAACCCACUCGAGGGUCGCAUGAACCGGGUUCAAGCAUCACUGUUUGUGCUGCUAACCUGGCUGUGGACACUGCCGUUCACCGUGCUGCCGAUGUUCAACAUCUGGGGCCGUUACAUCCCGGAAGGUUACCUGACCACGUGCUCGUUUGACUAUCUGACCGACGAUAGCGACACGCGCGUCUUCGUCGGGUGCAUCUUCACGUGGGCUUACGCGAUCCCAAUGGUGUUCAUCUGCUACUUUUACACCCGUCUCUUUGGCCACGUCCGACAGCACGAGAACAUGCUGAAGAAUCAGGCCCGCAAGAUGAACAUCGAGUCGCUGGCGGCGAAUCGCAACGUAAACGCCGAAGCUGCCGAAAUCCGCAUCGCGAAGGCUGCGUUCACGAUCUUCUUCCUGUUUGUUUGCGCCUGGACGCCGUACGCUAUCGUCACCAUGAUCGGGGCCUUCGGAGAUAAAACCAUGCUUACGCCGUUCUUCACCAUGGUACCGGCCAUGUGCAGCAAGGUUGUGUCCUGCCUAGACCCGUGGGUGUACGCCAUCAGCCAUCCGAAGUACCGGCAGGAGCUCGAGCGCCGGCUGCCGUGGCUUGGCAUCAAGGAAGCCCCGGACAAUGUCAGCACGACCGAGAGUAAGCAAACGGUCAUAUCGGAUCCUCCGGCGGCCGCCGAAAAUUGAAUCGAAUCGUAACGAUUUGUCAGUAAUUUUACCAAACGGACCAAGCAAACCAGUACUCGACCAACCCUUCGGCUAUGUUUAACGGACUCUGAAUAUGGAACCUAGUAUGUAAUUUCAGUGUUUUCAUCCAUAGCAAAGCAAAAGAAAAAUACAAAAAAAUGAGAGAGCUGCAUGUACAAAA